ACGUAUGGAUGCGGCGCGGCGCGAUGCUCGCAUUGGAAGGCAAGUGCCACGAUACGAUGAGCAUCGAGAUUGGCAAUUCGACAUACUAUCUCACAAACGCAACAUAUAAUAAUGAUAGCCUAUGGGGCGAACAAUUCAAAUGUGUCAGUGUUAAAGAAAAAAGCAAGGAUCAAGAAAAGAAGAGCACGGAAGUAGAAAUCCAUUACAUGAAUAAGGAUCACAAAACGCUACAAACCUCACAGGAAAAAGUCUUCGCCAUUUAUAUGUACAAUUACACGAACACAAGAAACGGCAUUAAGUACGAGGUUGUAGGUAACGAGGAAUUAACGUUUGAAGACGCUCUUGUAUUCAGCGACGGAGAGUCAUGCGACAUAUUCUACGCUCCGUACGCCGUCAACGCAGUUGGAAGAACUGUUGGAGGUUAUGAACUAUGGGUGAGCGAAGAAAAAGUUGACAACAUUUCGCCCUGCUGCCUGUUCAUGUAUCAAUAUUUAGCAGGGAAAAGGAGAACGUAUCAUAUUUACACUGAAGAUUGCAAAAGCAAGACAGAUGCGACUGAAUCACCUGCAGCUGCAACAUGAUGGUGUCAUAAUUAGCAUCAAGUGCUAUGUGAAGUAUUAGAUAGUGAUAUUAUUCUUUUGUCAGUUUUUAUUGAUGGUUUCUUGAAGCUACCGUCACAUGUUAUGCCAAAUAAAGCCUAAUAACUUUACAAA